AAAGCCACAAUGGUGUAUGACGGUGCCCGGGAGAGGGACGCAGCAACAGCAAGACAUUUAUAAUUUAUAGUCAUAGUAGCCAAAUUAAUUAGACAACCAAAAGACAGCAAAAGAGAAAAACGACUCUAUAAUCAUUUGGGGUAGCCAGUGACCGGCACCAGUCACAUAAUUCUGCAAUUUGCAGAAAAACCGCCAUGAACCAUGCAGAUACUUCAUUUGAAAAGUAUAGCCGAAGGGAACGCACGUAGCAAUAUUGCACUCUUCUAAUGUCGGAGGAAUUUUAUAAAAAGUGUAAAAUCUGCAAAAACGAAGUCCUGGGAAGACAUGUGAAGACAGCUGAUGACAUAAAAGCUGGAGAGACUCUAUUAUUGGAGAAGCCUUUGCUUAUACUGGCCUCCAGCGGUGAUAAAAGAUGCAGCAAUUGUUUUCGCUUUGCCCAACACUAUUGCAGUAAAUGCUCUUUGGCUCCUCUGUGCUUUGAUUGUGGCCAACACAGUGACUUUGAUUGCAAUGUCUUUAAGGACCUCAUCACCCGAUUCGAGGUUCAAAGAAACUUGUUGAAAAAAUAUCCCGGCACCUAUGGUCUUUUGAAGUGUCUACUUUUAUAUGAAAAUCCAGAGACGCGUCAAUAUUUUGAGGCCAUGGUUUGCAUGCAAUCGCAUUUGGAGAGAAGGCGCAACUCAAGCAUUUGGCAAGAACAUGACAAGGAGAUAAUACAGCCUUUAAUGAAAUCGAAUAUUUUGAAGGGCCUACAAAUAGCCGAACGCAUCAAUAAGGAUUUUCUACAGCAUAUUUGUGGCAUAUGGGAUGUGAAUUCAUAUGAAAUUCGUGCUCCAGAUUCGGCGGCCAUGCGUGGUCUAUAUAUGAAUGCAUCCAUGAUGGCUCACAAUUGCCAGCCCAAUGCCAAUCAGGCCAUAGAUGGUCAGUAUCGCAUGAAGGUCUAUGCGAAUCGAGAUAUUGCCAAAAAUGCCACCGUGACAGUUUCGUAUACCAAUGUUUUGCUGGGUACCGAAGAACGCCGCCAUAUACUAAACGAAGGCAAAUAUUUCCAUUGUACCUGUGAGCGUUGCGAAGAUCCCACCGAAUUGGGUUCCCACAUGAGCACUUUAGUGUGUGGCCCUUGUGCGGCUAAAAGCCAAGAAGGUUUUGUAAUCAAAGACUUUGCCACCAAUUCAUGGAGAUGUUCAACAUGCAGCCAUACUCUAAGAAAUGAACAGGUUGAACAACUUUUGGAAAAAGUCAAAGAAGAGGUCUAUCAUUCACAGGACGAUCUAAGGCGUUUGGAAUAUUUACUCAUCAAACUGAAUCAGCUACUGCAUAAGAAUCAUUUCAUUGUGGUGGAUGUCAAACAAAAUAUAGCCAAUAUUUUGAGAAACAUCAUCAGAAGUAGUUUGCAAAAACCCGGCCGUCAGUUAUAUGAAAGAAAAAUACGCCUAUGUCAGGAAUUGGUAAUGCUUUUGCAUAUCAUACAGCCUGGCAUAUCAAGGCUAAAGGGUAUUGGCCUCUAUGAAAUGGCUACAGCUUCAGCGGAACUUUAUCGCUUGAGAUUUGGCGCGGGAGAAUUGACGGUGGCGGAGUUACAAGAAAGUUUGGCACAAUGUGAGACAAUGUUUAAGGAGGCCAUACGUUUGCUGUUGUAUGAGCCCAACGAUACCCCCGAGGGUGAAUUGGUUAAAAGCAUAAUGGCUGAGCUGAAAGAUUUGCGUAAUGAUAUUCAAUUAUUGGAUAAACCUAUGCCAGAGUUUGAAGAUGUGCAUGAAUAA